AUGGCACUUGCACAUACUAAAUCAUGGCCUGCCCUGUUCAAUUUUAUCGCUAGACUAAUCGCGACUCGUUAUGGUGCUUAUAACGAGGUAAUCUCGCCGCUAAUUCGAUCCAAUGUCUCCUGGUUGAAUCCAACAUACACUACUGUACACUGCAUGAUGUAUCUUAGCUUCGAGCCAAAGAUAGGCCUGGUUAUUGCAGCCUCAAUCAUCCCCGUCGCAGCCCAGGUCUGCGAAGUCGGAAACUUUGAAAUCAGCCGUCAAGAGGAGCUCGACCACCUCGUCCAAAACUGCACUGCAUUCGCAGGUCAACUCACGCUCGGCCAAGACUAUACCGGAUCUCUCGCCUUUCACAAUGUGACCAACAUUACUUCUUCGACUAUCACGGCAGUGUCUGGGUACCGCAGAUUCUGGAGUGAAAUCUAUUGA